CCAUCCCCCGGCCCGCGUCAGACCGAGCUACCGCCGCCGCCACAGCAGCAGCCCACUCGGGGAGCCGGGCCCAGCCGGGGCCGCGGGAGGCGGGGGCGCCCGGGCCCUGGAUGUCCCGCAGCACGGCGGCCAGCGACAGACCCAGGAGGCCUGAGCGGCAUCUGCCCCCAGCCCCUUGUGGGGCCCUGGGGCCCCCUGAAACCUCCAGGACGGAGCCAGACGGGGCAGGCACCAUGAACAAGUUACGGCAGAGUCUACGGAGGAGGAAGCCUGCUUACGUGCCAGAGGCAUCACGCCCGCACCAGUGGCAGGCAGAUGAGGACGCGGUGCGCAAGGGCACAUGCAGCUUCCCGGUCAGGUACCUGGGCCACGUGGAGGUGGAAGAGUCCCGAGGGAUGCAUGUAUGUGAAGAUGCUGUAAAGAAGCUGAAAGCAAUGGGCCGGAAGUCCGUGAAGUCUGUCCUCUGGGUGUCAGCCGAUGGGCUCCGAGUGGUAGAUGACAAGACCAAGGACCUGCUGGUAGACCAGACCAUCGAAAAGGUCUCCUUUUGUGCUCCUGAUCGCAACCUGGACAAAGCUUUCUCCUAUAUCUGCCGUGAUGGGACCACCCGCCGCUGGAUCUGCCACUGUUUCCUGGCACUCAAGGACUCCGGCGAACGGCUGAGCCACGCAGUGGGCUGUGCUUUUGCUGCCUGCCUGGAGCGAAAACAGCGCCGGGAGAAGGAAUGUGGGGUCACGGCUGCCUUCGACGCCAGCCGCACUAGCUUCGCCCGCGAGGGCUCCUUUCGCCUGUCUGGGGGUGGGCGACCAGCUGAGCGAGAGGCCCCAGACAAAAAGAAAGCAGAGGCAGCAGCUGCCCCCACUGUGGCUCCUGGCCCUGCCCAGCCUGGGCACGUGUCCCCAACACCAGCCACCACAUCCCCUGGUGAGAAGGGUGAGGCAGGUACCCCAGUGGCUGCAGGUACCACUGGGGCUGCCAUCCCCCGCCGCCAUGCCCCACUGGAGCAGCUUGUUCGCCAGGGCUCCUUCCGUGGGUUCCCAGCACUCAGCCAGAAAAACUCACCUUUCAAACGACAGCUGAGCCUACGGCUGAAUGAACUACCAUCCACGCUGCAGCGCCGCACUGACUUCCAGGUGAAGGGCACAGUACCCGAGAUGGAGCCUCCUGGUGCCAGUGACAGCGACGGCAUCAAUGCUCUUUGCACACAGAUCAGCUCAUCUUUCGCCAGUGCUGGAGCACCAGCACCAGGGCCACCGUCUGCCACAACAGGGACUUCUGCCUGGGGUGAGCCCUCUGUGCCCUCUGCAGCUUCCUUCCAGCCCGGGCACAAGAGAACACCUUCAGAGGCUGAGCGAUGGCUGGAGGAGGUGUCUCAGGUGGCCAAAGCCCAGCAGCAACAGCAGCAGCAGCAGCAGCAGCAGCAACAGCAGCAGCAGCAAGCUGCCUCAGUGCCCCCGGUGCCCACCAUGCCCCCUGCCCUGCAGCCCUUCCCUGCCCCUGUGGGGCCCUUUGAUGCAGCACCUGCCCAGGUGGCGGUGUUUCUGCCACCCCCUCACAUGCAGCCCCCUUUCAUUCCCACCUACCCGGGCUUGGGCUACCCACCCAUGCCCCGGGUACCCGUAGUGGGCAUCACACCCUCACAGAUGGUGGCCAACGCUUUCUGCUCAGCCGCCCAGCUCCAGCCCCAGCCAGCCACCUUGCUUGGGAAAGCUGGGGCCUUUCCGCCCUCUUCUGCACCUAGUGUCCCUGGGGGACAGGCCCGCCCACGCCCCAACGGGGCUCCCUGGCCCCCAGAGCCAGCACCCACCCCGGCCCCUGAGUUGGACCCCUUUGAGGCCCAGUGGGCAGCAUUAGAAGGCAAACCCACUGUAGAGAAGCCUUCCAACCCCUUCUCUGGUGACCUGCAGAAGACCUUCGAGAUUGAACUGUAGCCCAAGCUGCCCUGCCCACCCCGUCAUCUCCAGGUGCCCCACACCUGGGAGUGGGGGCACAACCUCUCCCCUAGUCCUGCUCCCUGGGACUGUGCCCCUCAACACCCCCCAACCCCUUCUCUCAACCACCCCACCACCACCACUACAGAACCAACAUGGUGAUGCCCAGGUUGCGACAGGAUGGGGUUCAGGGAUGGACACAGCCUGGCUAAGGGAGCCAUUUCACUGCCAGACUUAGGCUGGCAAUGAACCCUUCCCCCACCCCAGGCACAGGGGAUGGCCAGCAUCCCACUGAAUGCCCUCAGUUCAAGCCACAUUUCCCAGUUUCUGUUGUUGACCUUCCACCUUCCAGUGUUGGGCAGAUGGAGAAGGGAUGCCGAUUUCGGGGCUCUCCUGGGCCCCACACGUGCCCACCCAAGUUUGGUCAUCUCCUUUCCACAUACACAGCACAAGCUAAGGGCUUCCCUCUGCCCACCCGCUGCGUUCACUGCCAAUGCUGUGCUCCCCUGUAUAGCCCUCUCCCCCCCACUCUGGGGCCCAUGUCUUCCUUGGGCCAAGGUCUCAUGGGGGCAGGGCCAAGUGGGUUCCCAGGAGGUGGGGAAGGGGGGAAGGGAAGAAGAUGCUCAGUUACCUCACACUCAGUGCCCGCUGGGGACGGUCCGGGAGGAAAUGGAAGGGGUGCCUGGCGGGUACUUUUCUAUCUUUUAUUUCCAGAUUUUUUUUGUAUCUAAACUUGCAGAUUUGUAUUAUACAAGGACAGCCAAUAAAGGAAGAGUAUAAUGGUG